AUGUCUUCAUCCAAACUCAUAGUCAUCCUCGGCGCAACUGGAAACCAAGGAGGUUCCGUCGUCGAGUCCUUCCUCUCCGAACCAAGCUGGAAAGUCCGCGCUUUAACUCGCAACUCCGCCAGCUCCAAAGCCCAAGCCCUCUCCUCCAAAGGCGCAGAAGUAGUCCAAGCCGACCUAGACGACCCCUCAACUCUUACUUCUGCUUUUGAAGGCGCACAUGCCAUAUUCGCCGUCAGCGACUUCUGGGGUUUAUUCAGCGAAGCCAAUAGGUCCAGGGCGAAACCUGGACAGCCUCUCAAUGAGUGGGCUGCGGAACAUGAGGAGCAGCAACUUAAGAAUGUGAUUGAUACUGCUUCCAAAGUUCCGACGCUGGAGAGGUUUAUACUAUCGUCUUUGUCGCAUGCUGAGAAGUGGUCUAAGGGUAAGUAUACUCGUGUCUAUCACUUUGACGGCAAGGCUCGGGCGGCAGCCUAUAUCCCCAGGGCACACCCCGAUCUCUGGGCCAAGGCCAGUAUCUUCCAAGCUGGACUAUUCUUGAAUAACUUCAUUCAGCUACCCUUGAACCGGCCUGUUAAGAACGCCGAUGGCAUCGUACAAUUCAUCACGGCCUUGAACCCCGACACUAGAUUCCCCUUCAUCGCCGCCGAAGAAGACUCCGGCCCCUUCGUGAAAGCUCUCAUCACCCAGGAGCCCGCAGGCCGCAACCUCAUCGCCUAUAGAGGAUGGCUUUCACACAACGAAAUCGCAGCAGCAUUCACCAAAGCCACUGGCAUUGAAGCCAUAACUGCCAAAUUUGAUGGGAAAUUUCCACCUGGUGUUUCCGACGAAUUAAUUGGCGAAAUGGCUGACUGCUUCGGAUACUUUGACGAGUUUGGCUAUGAGGGUCGAGAUGACCCUACUGUGGUGCAUCCUGGAGAUCUACUGUCAGCGCCGAAGCUUGAUACUGUAGAGAGCUACUUCGAGACACAAGACUGGUCCCAGGUUCUUGGUUGA